AUGUAUCUGGAGAACAAGAGUAAUCUGGAGCUCGAGAUGUCACAGCCAGUUGGUCAGGGCCACCAGAGCCGGAGCAGCCACAGAACCCCGGACGCGGUGGCGGGGAACUUCAACGAGCUGCGCCUGCUCAAGAGCUUCUCAGAGAUGAGGGAGCCCCAAAAGCUGCAGCAGGGCGGGGCGGGGCCUCUGGGGCACUGUGUCAUCCAUGCCGAGGACUUCGGCACCAUCCGCGAGGAAGACGAGCACAACUUCAAUGUGAUGAAAUACCUCAAGGGCAAGUCAAAGCAGGACCCCUGCACAGAGAGCACUGCCCUCCUGAAGUGCUCCCCAAAUGACAGCAUCACCUACAUGACCCUGCACGACUCCGGCUACUCCGUGGAGGAGGAGUCCUGGGAUGGCGGCUCCAUGGAGCUGGAGAGGAGGUGUCGCCUGGGGAGCGAGGUCACCAGCCUGUCCCACUCCAACUCCACCGACAGGGGUGACCCCCUGGACAACCUGCACCUCAGCUUCACCCUCUCCGGCAGGAUGAGAUACUGCUUGAGGAUUUCCAAGGUUACCAGUACACUCGUCAUCGUUAUUCUCUCCUCGCUGUUCUUCAGUAUGUAUCCAGACCACGAGAACCCCUGGAGAAUGCUGACUGUCUCGCCAACACAAAGCUUCUCCAUGAAUCUGACAGACUUCCAUGACAACGCCCUGCUGAAGCUGCAGGUGGGUGGCCCCUUUGUGGGUGGGGCAGCGGACAGCUCCACGGACGAGUACAUCCUGGUGCAGGUGGAGCAGACAGAGGAGGCGGGGUCCCGGAGAAGGCGUACGCAGGAGGUCCUGCACAACUGGACAAUACCGUUACACUCGCAAAGAGAUGAUCAGAUGCUGACAACCAGAACCUUCGAGAUGCUAAGCAGUGCUCCCAUCCUCAUUAGCAUUCAGGCCUUCCUGCGUGACAGCCAAGUGGUCCCCCUCACCCUGACUCACCAGUCCCUCUACGUCAACGUGGAGACGCAGGUCGUCAUCGCUGGAGUGAUCCUGGCCGGGGUCUACGUCCUCAUCAUCUUCGAGAUUGUUCAUCGGACUCUGGCUGCAAUGCUGGGAUCCCUGGCUGCACUGGCUGCCCUGGCCUUCAUUGGUGAUAGACCCAGUCUAUUGACAGUGGUAGCCUGGAUUGACUACGAAACUCUAGCACUGUUGUUUGGCAUGAUGAUUUUGGUGGCCAUAUUUUCAGAAACUGGAUUCUUCGAUUACUGUGCAGUGAAGGCCUACCAGCUGUCGAGAGGAAGAGUAUGGCCCAUGAUCAUCAUCCUCUGCCUCAUUGCGGCCAUUCUCUCAGCUUUCCUGGACAAUGUGACCACCAUGAUGCUCUUCACUCCUGUCACUAUAAGGUUGUGUGAGGUGCUUAAUCUAGACCCCAGACAUGUCCUUAUUGCGGAAGUAAUCUUCACCAACAUCGGAGGGGCAGCCACUGCUGUUGGUGAUCCACCCAACGUGAUUAUAGUCUCCAACCAGGACCUGCGCAAAAAUGGGAUUGACUUUGCGGCCUUCACUGGGUACAUGUUCCUUGGGAUCUGCCUGGUCCUGCUCUUCUCCUUCCCCUUCCUACGGAUGCUUUACUGGAACAAAAAGCUCUACAACAAAGAGCCCAUGGAGAUUGUGGAGUUAAAACAUGAAAUCCUGGUUUGGAGGCAGACUGCUCAGCGCAUCAACCCCGCCAGCCGUGAGGAGACGGCGGUGAAGUGCCUCCUGAUGCAGAAGGUGCUCAACUUGGAGAGCCUUCUGCGCAAGAAGCUGAGGACCUUUCAAAGGCAAAUUUCACAAGAAGACAAAAACUGGGAGAACAACAUUCAGGAGCUGCAGAAAAAGCACAGGAUAACGGACAAGAUCCUCCUGGUCAAGUGCGUCACGGUGCUGGGGAUGGUCAUCUUCAUGUUCUUCCUCAACUCCUUCGUCCCGGGCAUACACCUCGACCUGGGCUGGAUUGCCAUUCUGGGGGCGUUGUGGCUGCUGGUUCUCGCCGACAUCCAGGACUUUGAGAUCAUCCUGCACAGGGUGGAGUGGGCUACCCUGCUGUUCUUCGCAGCACUCUUCGUCCUCAUGGAGGCAUUGGCCCAGCUUCAGCUCAUAGAUUACAUUGGAGCACAGACAGCACUGUUAAUAAAGGCUGUGCCGGAGGAGCAGCGAUUGGCGGUGGCAAUCAUCCUGGUGAUGUGGGUGUCAGCCCUGGCCUCCUCCCUCAUCGACAACAUCCCUUUCACCGCCACCAUGAUCCCUGUUCUGCUCAACCUGAGUCAGGACGCUGAUGUCAACCUGCCUGUGAAGCCCCUCAUCUUCGCACUGGCCAUGGGGGCGUGUCUUGGAGGGAACGGGACACUUAUCGGUGCCUCAGCCAAUGUGGUGUGUGCAGGGAUCGCUGAGCAACACGGCUAUGGGUUCUCCUUCAUGGAAUUUUUCAGGCUCGGAUUUCCCAUGAUGCUCCUGACAUGCACGAUGGGCAUGUGCUACCUGCUGGCCACACACGUCGGCCUGGGCUGGAACACCUAA